GAGAGGAAGUGGCGGCGGUGGCGGCCGGUGGCGGCCGGGGGCGGCGUGAGUUGGGUCUGCGCGGGCGGUAGGCAACGGCUGAGGCGGCGUGGGUUGGGCUCGAGCCGGCGGCUGCACUUCGGACUCCCUGGAGCGGGAGCCCACGCGGGCGGGCGCCCUAAACAAAGAGAAGUGGGAGUCCAGGCGCCGCGGGUGGGCGGUCAGUCGGCCAGCGCGGAGCCGGGCCAGCGGGUGCCCGCGCAAGCCCGAAGCUUGGCCCGGUGGGCGCGGACACAGAGCGGGAAGAUGCCGCGCGUCGUGCCCGACCAGAGAAGCAAGUUCGAGAACGAGGAGUUUUUCAGGAAGCUGAGCCGCGAGUGUGAGAUUAAGUACACGGGCUUCAGGGACCGGCCCCACGAAGAGCGGCAGAUGCGCUUCCAGAACGCCUGCCGCGACGGCCGCUCCGAGAUCGCUUUUGUGGCCACAGGAACCAAUCUGUCUCUCCAGUUUUUUCCGGCCAGCUGGCAGGGAGAACAGCGACAGACACCUAGCCGGGAGUAUGUCGACUUAGAAAGAGAAGCAGGCAAGGUGUAUUUAAAGGCUCCCAUGAUUCUGAAUGGAGUCUGUGUUAUCUGGAAAGGCUGGAUUGAUCUCCAGAGACUGGAUGGUAUGGGUUGCCUGGAGUUUGAUGAAGAGCGAGCCCAGCAGGAGGAUGCAUUAGCACAACAGGCCUUCGAAGAGGCUCGGAGAAGGACACGUGAAUUUGAAGAUAGAGACAGGUCUCAUCGGGAGGAAAUGGAGGGUCCCAGGCUGGCCUUGAACUCACUAGGUAGCCCAGGCUGGCUAAGCCUUCUGCCUCAUCCUCCUGAGUGCUGAGAUUACAGGCAAGAAGACAACAAGACCCUAGUCCUGGUUCCAACUUAGGUGGUAGUGAUGAUCUCAAACUUCGUUAAUAGUAGCACAGCAGAUGUGCCGACCAUAUUCACUUGCUGCUUCUAGCUAGCAGGAAUAUUUCAUUAUAAGACCAGAAACUGUGAUAACUGGAGGUACUACCACCUGUUUCUCAACCUAAGGCAGUAAAAGACAUCACAAACUGCCGUGGUUUGCACUAUGAUUAUAAUACCUGCAUUUCUAUUUUUUAUAGUGUGUAGCCAGUAAUAAUUUGAAAUUGUUUUCUAUGCAAGCUUACCUUGUUGGCAUUAUUUUAGUUGAGUUGAAACUAUCUACUUGUAAAGGUCUCUUUCCUUCCAUUUUAAUUUAAAAGUUCAUGUCAUUUAAAAACAAAUUAAAAUUUAUAUCAGAGGGUUUUCUUUAAUCAGUUGCUCUAAUUUUUUUUUUUGUACUUUAGAUUUGUUGGCUAUGCAGCUUCUUUUUAGAUAGGGAUUCUUGGAUUUGUUUUGUUUUCCUACUUUUCCUUUUGUGUUUUUACAGUCUACAGCAUUUAAAAUUGUUGAUGUGUUUGCAUUAUUUACAAACUAAAAACCUAGUAGCAUAGAACUGUCUACCACAGCCUUCUCACACAGGUUUACAAUGGUUAAAGUUGCAGUAUCCUUUUAAAUACUAAUAAUCAGUACUCUUUCUUUCCUUUUUAAAUACAAAAUUUUUAAAUUGGUGUUAAUUCUAUAAUCUACCCCAAAUGUUUUAGAUUCUGUUCCAUAAUCAUGAGUUUGGGUGAAGAUAUUCUCCAUACAUGGUAAUAUUCUACUGAAAUGCCUAAAGAAGUCACAGGCUGGCUUCUGUUUUAUUCAGGGAUUUUUUUAAAAAGUCAGUUGAAAAAGGGAUACUGGAGCUUCUUCAUGUGUAUAACAGCUUAUUAAACUGGAGACAGUGAUGAAUCAGCUACAAAGGUGAUACUGUAUUAAAAUCAUGUUUAAGAUAGCUGCUUUGGUGUGUAUUUUAUAUUGCAUGCUUUUGUAAAAACAGUACUGGGUGAUGAAAGAUUAGUCUUAGAGAGAAAAUGUUCAUCUGUGCAGAGAAUACAUUUUCUUCCAUUAUUCUUGGAAAAACAUUGACAAGUGUAUAUGAUAUUUUGAAAAAGGACUAUUAAUAUAGCACCUUUUAAGAUGAAUUAGUGUGGAAAUAUUUUUUAAAUGGGCUUAUGUCAAAUUAAGUGCAACUUUGUUUUUUGUUCGUUUGUUUUUUAAUACAAGACUGGAAAAAAGUGCUAAAGCAUUUGGCACACCAUUACCAAUACUUUUCAUGGUCAUACUCAUUAAAUGUUACUACAUUUCUGAAUUUUUGCAAAAAUGUAUUUUAUCAUAAUAGAAUAGCAUUAUUUUAAAUAGUUCAAAAAAAUGACACUUAAUUCAGAAAAUGAAGUAUGAAUAAGGUCAUUGCAUUUAAGGUCAAAGCAUAUAAUAUACUUGAUUGAUGAAGGAGAUGUGACUUUCAUUGUAUAUAGGUCUUAUAAUUCAUAAACAGAUGUCCUGUAUCUCAGAAUAAAAAUAUUUGUUUAUGUAUUUGAAGUCAUGCAUGGUGUAAGGAGUGUUUAAAUUGUUAUUAAACAAUAAUGCAUCAGAAAAGACCAUGCAUAUCUUGUGUAACUAAGUACUAUGAAUGAAUUUGGUGUUUGUUGUUCAACUCACAUGUUUACACACUCAGUGCCCUGAUUUCCCCUGAGGGAAUCACCUUUCAAGUGAUCCUUACAGUGGUGUUUUAAGGUUACUUUAAUCACAGAGCUCCUUGUUUUUUUAUUUCUGCACUUAAUUUUUUUUUAAUAACAUGAUGGUACAUUUUUCUCUAUUGUUUCUCACUAAGGGCUUUCAGUCCACCAGUAAAUAAGGUCAAAUGUUACAAGUGUCCCUGUUGCCAUCUUUCUGUAAAUACUGAAUUUUUCCUAUCUUUUAGCAUGGCGUUGCUUCUGUCUGUCUUAAUGCUGGCGUUAAGAUCAUAAGCCCUUUUUCUCCAAUAGUGAAGGCUUUGAAAACUACUUUUUUAAGUUAUUGAUGCAAUUUGAUAUUUUUUUCAUACUCUAUAUUUAAACAAAAUUUUACAUCAUUGCAUCAUCUUUUCUAAAUUCAUCUCCAUUAAAACUUGCCUUAAGCUACUCAUUUGCUUUGCCACCAUUAGCCAUACUGUUUGUUUGUUUAAUUUACUUUCACAAUAAACUUCUGUGUAGUGAAAA